CCGCCAUACAACAAGAAGCCGCCAUUCUGGUCGCAUACGCAUUCCGCCCACUCCCAUGCCCCGUCACGCCUCAAACACCAUGCACAAGAGCCAAGACGCUGCUAAAUGGAUACACAGACAGGCAGACAGGCAGACAGACAGACACGCCAGCCGUCUCUCCAUCAUCCGAUGAGUGCCAACGACCCAGCCCACCACCACCACCACCACUCAGCAAAAGUCGGCCAUGGCAUGGCAAGCGCCAAUACAUGUGGCAGCAGCAAGGAAAUCCAGUGUCUCUGGUCACGUUUUGGGGCCCAUAUUGGCCGCGAUGGCGCGUUCCAUAUCAUCCUGUCUCUUCUUGAUUCUCUCGGCAUCGCUCUCGACAGCCCGUAGCAGAAUACGGACAGCGUCGAGCUUCUGCGUCAUCUCAGUCUUGAAGCUGGACACCUCAGUUGCUGCUGCGGUAGGGGCUGGCGGAGACGCAGAGUGGGCACGCUGACCUGAUGACAGAGAGAAAUGCCGGUGCUUGCAUGGCUAUAUCUGUGUGUGCGUGCCACUGGAUGCCUGCCUGUAUUGGAGGCGUUGAUGCUUGCGAUUUGGGAGUCGAUGCGGUUGAGCCUGGCGUUGAUCUCGGGGUUGAUCGACUUCAGACCCUCCACAUCAGAGUGCAGGUCUGCACACAAAUCGUGUCUUUAGCUUAGCACGUUCCCUGCUGUCUCUACCGGCUCAGCUCACUGACCUUCGACCAUCUUCCUGACAGCAGUCCAUUCAGCAUUGCUGCUUCUGGACGACAGGAGGAGAGUCCUGUCUCGCGCCGUCUCCAAGUUCGUGGGCGCCGCCAUUCUUGACUCGAGCUGUCGGCGGUUGUUGAGGGUCCUCAGCUGCGCCCGCAUUGACUUGACCUCCGCCCGCAAUGACGUCAGCAAAGUGGAUAUGUCUGGACAGACAGAUGCAGGCGGGACAUCUUGUUUUCUCUCCGUCUCCCUUCCUGUCUGCGUACCGUGCAUCUGCUGCUGCGUGGCCGAACUCUCCCCCCUUAUCUGCCAUAUCUGCGCCUGGAUGACAGGAAUGGCCUUGACGAGCGUCCCCUUCCCCCUCCCGCCCACGCCCCCAUCAUCCCUCUCGUCCUCGAUGGUGGUAGUCCUGCUGCUGCCAGCAUGAUUUCCGCGCCUCUCAGCAUCCGACAAAUCGACCGUUGUCGGCCGCGAGAGGGCCCAUUCCCUCGGCGACGUUUCUGCGGCCCUCUUGAUCAAUGAGGAGAGGGGCGGGAGGCAGCGGGGCGAGGUGUGGGUGGGAUGGUGGGGGGUCAUGAGGAGGCUGGCGAGCUCGACCGAGAAAUCGUUGACGCGCUUGAUGGCCUUCAUCGCCGCCGCCUUGGCCGAGUGCACUUCUGGCGGAUCGAGAGACACGGGCGUGUGUGGUCUGUCUGCCAUCUGCAUUAUAAGUGGAUAGUUCUUACCGUCUGUCAGCUGCUGCUGUCUUGUCAGUAGGUCCUUGUUGCUCUCUAGAAGGCCGUCCACCACACCUCUUAGUUCGGAUAAGCUGCACGCCUUAUCCGGUGCACCGUCCACCGCCGGCAGCGUUCCGUACGUUUCUGAAAAAAAAGCCCCAUCGUCACCGAAUGAACAUUGCCCGAGCCUCCCUGCCAACCUGUGCAGGCAGAUCUCCUCUGCAUCUCUCUCUCCUGGUUCUGGACUCGUCUCUGCAGUGUAUCGACGGUCUUUUCGAGUCUCGCGUAGGACUCCGCUCGUUGCUGAUCGAGUGCAUGACGGAGACAGGCGACAUCAGCAGGGGGCUCCUUUGCACAAGCAGCGGAUUGGGCGUUGUUCGAAGAUGCGGCGACACACGGGCUCUCUGAGGAAACAGCGAAGUGACGACUUCUCACGCAGGAGAGUUGUCGUCUCUCGUGUGCGGCAAUACCUUCUAAUCGUCUGCUGAGAUGGUCGGCCUUCUGUCGUGCUGCAUCUGCAAUGGAUGAAGUCUCCUCCAGUCCGUCGCGCAGGUCUGUGUCGAUCGAUGGCAGGACACGAGACAGACAAACGCACCCCUGCUCCGCAAGUCGACAUGUCUGCUGCUGCCUUACCCUUGGCCAUGUCGACGAGCUUGGUGUUCAGCUGUUGCACCUUCUCCUCAAUAGCCGACAGACGGCAGUCAGCUGCUUCCGGCGUGGUACUGGAGGGCGAGACAGGGGCGUGGGCGGCCUGGUAUGACGUGAGGAGCUUCUCACACAGCUUGACCACCUCCCGUACUGAUACCACACACACACAAGAAAAGGGAAGGGACACUCAUGCAUGUGGACGCUUUGCAAUAUUCAUCGCUCACUCGCUUGUUGGUUCUGCACUAUUUUCCUCUCCAGAACGCCAAACUGCCCCUGCCCAGACCCGUGUGAGCCACUCGAUGUCGCAUCGCCAUUCGUCGCAACUGCUGCUGCUGCCCUGGCGCCUCUCUCACUCCUGUCGCUUCUGCCGCUCAAGCACGGCUCCCACUGAUGGCUCUUGGGCGUAGCGAGACCGGCCAUGAGGGCGGGAGGGGGCACACCUGGUGAGGCCUUGGGGGUGUUCUGCAGUGAAGCGUUCGAGUCAUGCCAAGCCUGCGGACGCCGGCGCAGCUCCUUCAGACUCUCAACGGCAUCCAUACCGCAGAAAAGGUGUUG